AUGGCGGUCGGCGGGAGCCUCGGCGCCGUUGCCUCUGCCUUGAAGAAUGGCAUCCUGCUGUGGCUGGCGGGGUUCAGGGACGCCCUCUGCCUGCACCGCUGCGUGGUGUAUUUCGUCCACGACCCCCGCAUUCUGGUGAGUGCCGUGGUUGCGGCGGCGGUGACGGUCAGCAGCGGCGGCAACGUGCUGCUGCUGGAGUAUGGGCUGAAGCCGUUGGUGCACCUGCUGCUGACGGCGGUGGUGGGGGGCGCCAGCGCCGGCGCCAUCAGCAGCGCCCUGGUGGGGCUCUACCACCUGCUCUGGCUGGCACCCGCCUACCUCGUCUCCCUGCUGGUCAACUGCAUCUGGUACAGCGAGAUAGCGGAGCUGGUGGUGGUGGCUGGGCAGCGGCGCGCGCUGCAGCAGCGCGCGCAGCGCCAGGGCGUGAUGCUGGUGGCGGCGCAGCAGGGCGGGGCGGUGCUCAAGGUGCACCGCCCUGAUGCCGUGGCCUUCAUCUCCCAGGAGGUGUACCGCGCGGCGCUGCUGGCCGUCUUCUUUGCACAGGUCACACUGGCGGGGGCGCUGCCCAAGAUUGGCCCCCUCCUCAACUUCCUGCUGCUCAGCUGCCUGUACGCCCUGUACUGCUUCGACUACAAGUGGAGCCUGCACAGCGUGCCGCUGCAGCAGCGCAUUGCAUACUUUGAGCGCCACUGGGCCUUCUUCCUGGGGUUUGGCUGCGCCACGGUGCUGCCCAUGGCGGUCGCUUCUUUCUACGUGGGGGCCGCCCUCAUCGGCCUGCUCUUCCCGCUGGAUAUCAUGAUGGCGGCAGACUCCAACCCCAAGCUUGUGUACCAGCAGGUGCUGGGCGAGGGCAACGUGCACGGCUCGCUGCCUCCGCUGCCCAUGUUCCGCCCCGCCUGCUGGGCAACCAACCAGCUGCUGGGCAACCUGGCCCUGGCUCCGCGCCUGGUGCGCCUGCUCGGCAUCAAGCGGUCCCCACAGCCGGCGGCUCCCUCGCUCAGCGACAGCAGCCUGGCCAGCCUUGCAAGCACCGACGCACGAUAA